AUGGAUCAUAUUCUUAAACUUGAUGACCUUCUACAUGAAUCUUCCUCAGAUGAUGAAUUGGAAAUAAUUUCAGCUUUUGCUAUUGCAAAAGAAAGGUUGGAGAACGAAAGGGGAUCAAUAUCACGUCGUGGUUCUAGUCGACGCCGCAAGGCUAUUUUCCGCAAUUCUUUACAAGGUGAAGAAAACAUUUUGCGAGAUUAUUUUGCUGCAUCGCCAGUUUAUCCUCCAAGGAAAUUUCGGAGGAGGUUUCGAAUGCGCCGUGAACUUUUUCUUCGCAUUCAUGACGCAAUAGUAGAUCAUGAACCAUAUUUUGUCCAAAGAAGAAAUGCUGCUGGAAAGCUUGGACACUCUUCCCUACAGAAGAUGAUAGCUGCAAUUAAGAUGCUUGCUUAUGGAGUAACGGCAAAUUUUAUGGACGAAUAUUUACGUAUUGGAGAAGCUACUGUAAUGGAUAGUUUUAAACUAUUUGUUAAAGCGGUGAUUUCUAUUUUUUCCGUCCAGUACUUGAGGUCACCAAACGAGGAUGACGUUGCUAGAUUGCUAGCAAUUGGCGAAAGCCGUGGAUUUUCAGGGAUGUUGGGGAGCAUCGAUUGCAUGCAUUGGAAGUGGAAGAAUUGUCCAAGUGCUUGGAAAGGUAUGUAUUCUGGUCAUGUUCAUGAACCAACCAUUAUUUUAGAAGCUGUGGCAUCCUACGAUCAUUGGAUUUGGCAUGCGUUUUUUGGGUUACCAGGGUCUCACAAUGACAUCAAUGUGUUAAACCGGUCUUCUGUAUUUACUAAUCUAGCUGCAGGGCGUGCACCUCCAGUCAACUACUCAGUCAAUGGUCACAACUAUACAAUGGGAUACUAUCUCGCCGAUGGUAUAUAUCCUUCAUGGGCAACAUUCGUAAAAACAAUUCAUGCUCCACAAGGAAAUAAGAGAAAAAAUUUUGCUGCAGCUCAAGAGUCAGCAAGGAAGGAUGUAGAGCGGGCAUUUGGAGUGCUUCAAGCGCGAUUUAGUAUUAUACGUGGACCUGCACGUCUACACCAACCUGAAAUGCUUAAUGAGAUUAUGAUCGCAUGUAUAAUAUUGCACAACAUGAUCGUUGAAGAUGAGCGAGAUUUAUACCAAGAAGCAGAUGCCUUCGAUUAUGAACAAAUCAAUGACACUCCCCUCGAACCACUGUCACGCGAGCAUACAGCUGAAGCACUGGACUUCAUACAGAAUCGUCACCGUAUUAAAGAUCGAGAAAUCCAUUCUCAACUUCAAUCAGACCUCGUCGAGCAUUUAUGGCAAAUUCAUAGCCAAUCAUAA